GGUAAACCGGAUGGCCAUUGCGCAAAGGCUCCUCAUCAGUAUGUCCUACGAGGCCAGCACACGCUGGACGUUGACUGCGAUUGUUCUCCUGGGGUUCCUAGUGGCGAUUGUGUCAUCAUAUCCGAUUCCAAGCAGGACUAAUGCAACUUUACUGGAGAAAAGAUGGGAGACCCUGUUCUCCCGCUCCAUUCUGGGGGUCUCAGGGGAGAAAUCGGACCUGAACUGGGAGAGUGACUAUUUACUGGGCAUUAAGAGAGUGCGGAAGCUUUACUGCAACGUGGGUAUCGGCUUUCACCUUCAGAUCCUCCCGGACGGCAGGAUAAACGGUGUACACAAUGAGAACCAGUACAGUCUAAUAGAGAUCUCCACGGUAGAGCGGGGAGUGGUUAGCUUGUAUGGGGUGAAAAGUGACCGGUUUGUCGCAAUGAACAGCAGAGGACGGCUUUACGGAACGGCAGUCUUCCGCGACGAGUGCAAGUUCAAGGAGACCCUGCUGCCAAACAACUACAACGCCUACGAGUCGUCCGUUUACAGCGGCUUCUACAUCGCCCUCAGCAAGCACGGCCGGCUGAAGAGAGGCAACAAGGCCACGCCCGCCAUGACCGUCACACACUUCCUCCCGCGAAUAUAACUCACUCAUUUUGCACAUGUGGACACUCUCCCAGGUAACAUAUAGAAUAUAUAUACGUAUAUACACAAACACAAACUGACUGCAAAAAAACACUAUAUAUAAUAGUAUUUCUGUAUAUUUGGGCUCACUUUGUAUUAGAGUGGUGAACGCCACGCUGCUACUGCUGCUUAAUUUGAUUAAGAUGAGGAGGAACUGGCUCCUUCUCUCUCCCUCAUAUGGGUGCUUGCCGUGACUGGUAGAAGCCAAGGCUCCUGUCGCUGGUGUGACCGAUAUCUUCAGCUUUUUAUGACUUAAACGGACACUUUUUUUUUUUAAUUACCUCAAAAAAAGAGCCGCAACCCCGACCCGCAAAUGGACGCAUGGAGGUAUGCUGAGCAGAAUGUCCGCUUACUUUAUCCCUGUGUUGAAGCCUUCGGGAAGCUGGAGCGUUUACUGGUUCCUGUCCGUCACCACUGUCAUUGCCCUGAGGGGGAAAAGAAGCACCCCUGUAAUGAGAUGGUGUAUUUAGCUUUACCAAACCCCCUUUUUAAUGUGCAUGUGACCCCCCACCCCCCACUCCC